AUGGAGUCAUGGACCGUAACUGAGCUCAGUAGCUCACUGCUGCUGCUGGAAGUUCCUGGAGGCUGGAGGCUGGAAUUUAGAAUCAUGGAGAAAUAUUUUAAACGAAAAUUCGAAUGUUCAAGUGGAGAGCAAAUUAAUUCUGAAACGAGUGUUCAAAAAAAAAAACAAGUUGUCCAAGAAGAAAUAGAAUCAAAUACCGGGAGUCAAAGAGAUGUUUGGGAUAAAAUUGAUUUAGCAGAAUUACCUUCGGAUCCUGGAUUAAGAACUCCAAUUGCGAAUUACAAUGUUAAUGUUCAGGUUGAAAUUCGAAGAGCAUACGUACAAAAGGGUCCAUGUCAGUCUCGAAAUCACUUGUGUCCACAGAAAGAAUUUGGAGAUUCGUCGUUAAGACGAUUUAAAACUUCAUGGUUUAAUGACUUUCCUGAUUGGUUGGAAUACAGUAUAGCAAAAGAUGCCAUAUUUUGCUUUUAUUGUUAUCUUUUCAAACCAAAUAGUGAAGAACAUGGUGGUGGUGAUUCUUUUAUUGAUGGAGGAUUCUCAAAUUGGAAAAAGAAAGAAAGGCUUCAAAUUCAUGUCGGGAAAAGUGGUAGUGCGCACAAUCGAGCUCGGAUUAAGUACGAGGCUUUUGUGAAUCAGAAACAAAAUAUUGAUUGUGUUCUCUUUAAGAAGUCGAACAAAACAAAAGAUGAGUAUCGAAUUCAUUUGAAUGCGUCAAUUGAUUGUGUUCGAUUGCUUCUACGACAAGGGCUUUCGUUUCGUGGACAUGAUGAAUCAGAAAAUUCAAGAAAUCAAGGAAAUUUUCUUGAAUUUUUGCAGUGGUUAUGUGAUCAUAAUAAAGAGAUUAAGGAUGUUUGUUUGAGUAAUGCUCCCGAAAACCUUCAGUUAACAUCACCUAAAAUUCAAAAGGACAUUGUGAGUGCUAUUGCAUUUGAAACACUUGAUGUUUUUAUGAGGGAUAUUGGUGAUAGGUUAUUUUCCAUUCUUGUUGAUGAAUCUUGUGAUGUAUCAGUGAAGGAGCAAAUGUCCGUUGUUCUACGUUAUGUGAAUCAGAAAGGACAAGUAACAGAACGUUUUAUUGGAGUAGAACAUGUCUCUAGUACCACAGCUCUUUCACUUAAGGAUUCUAUUGAUAACUUAUUCUCUCGAUUUAACUUAAGUAUAUCUAGUUUAAGAGGUCAAGGUUAUGACGGGGCAAGCAACAUGCGAGGUGAGUACAAUGGUCUUAAAGCACUUAUUUUGAAAGAGAAUCCAAGUGCUUUUUAUAUACACUGUUUUGCUUAUCAACUACAAUUAGCUCUUGUAGCUGUGGCAAGCAAGCAUGCAGAAAUUGAAACAUUCUUUACUUUAGUGAAUAAAGUGGUAAAUGUUGUUGGUGGAUUGGCUAAGCGGUGUGAUCUUCUUCGAGAGAAGAAGAGGCUUGAAGUUGUUGAAUCAUUAAAUCUUGGUGAAAUCUCAAGUGGAAAGGGCUUUAAUCAAGAAACUACUCUUAAGCGACCUGGUGAUACUCGUUGGGGCUCUCACUAUAAUUCUUUACUUAACUUGAUUAUCAUGUUUUCUGCUACAGUUGAUGUCGUCGAGAUGAUUGCCACUGAUGAUACUAGUUGUGGAAAGCGAGGGGAAGCACGUAUUUUGUUGGGAUCUAUGUUGACAUUUGAUUUUGUAUUCAGUUUGCAUCUCAUGAAAAAGGUAUUGGGUAUUUCAGAUGAAUUGUCAAAAUCAUUACAAAGAAGAGAUCAAGAUAUUGUCAACGCUAUGAAAUUAGUGAAAAUAAGUAAAGAACGACUUCAAGCAAUGAGGGACAAUGAAUGGGAAUCAUUUUUAAGAACAGUUUCCUGCUUCUGCGAAAGAUACAAUAUUGAUGUUCCCAAUAUGGAUGAUAUGUUUAUACCUCUAGGCCGUUCACGGCGUAACACUCAAGAAAUUACAAAUCUACAUCAUUUUCGUGUGGAUUUCUUCUAUGCUAUCAUUGAUAUGCAAAUUCAAGAGUUGAAUGAUCGUUUCUCUGAGGUAAAUAGUGACUUACUCCUUUGUGUUGCAUGCUUGUGUCCGAAUAAUUCAUUCUCUGCUUUCAACAAGGAUAAGUUAAUUCAAUUGUGUGAGUAUUAUCCCAAAGAUUUUAAACCAAUAGAGAUCUUGGCAUUUGAAGAGCAAAUUCAGACGUAUAUUAUUGAUAUGCGCUCUCACAAAGAUUUUGAAGGGUUACAAGGCCUUAAUGAUCUUGCAGAAACCUUGGUUGUGACGAAAAAACAUGAGGUGUAUCCAUUAGUUUACAGGCUUGUAACAUUGGCGUUAAUUCUUCCAGUUGCAACUGCUACGGUAGAAAGAGUAUUUUCUGCAAUGAAGAUUGUCAAGAAUCGACUACGUAAUCGAAUGGGAGAUCAAUGGUUAAGUGAUAGUUUGGUUGCAUAUAUUGAAAGUGAUGUACUUGACAAUAUUGAUAACGAUGAGAUGUAUUUGUUACCAGUAGAACUCCUCAUUGAUGGUCUCAUAUAUGAAGCACGAGAUUGA